AUGCCUUUCAGAAGAAGCAUCCCGCAGAACUUGCUGAACAACCUCAUGGAGGAGCUCAACCGCAUCGAGCCGGGUGCGGAGUUCCAUGGCUCGCUUCCCAAGAUCUCGUCCAACAAUGGCAAAGACUACUUCGCCAAGGUGGGAUCCCCCUCUGAGGCGGAACAGUUUGAGGGGGAGGCGCAGAGCUUGCUGGCGCUGAGUGAAGGGUGUCCUGAGCUAGUGCCGAGGGUCUUUGCUCACGGUGUCACUGAUGGGCGGCCGUACUUCGUGUCGGAGUACAAGAAUAUCGGAUCGUUAACGGAGGGGGCGGGCAUUCGCCUUGGGGAGCUGAUGGGGACGAAGUUGCAUCGACACACUAGUCCGAAUGGGCAGUUUGGCUUCGAGGUACCGACAUACUGUGGGGCGACGAGAAUGAGGAAUGGAUGGUUCCCGUCUUGGGAGGAGCUGUUCAGUGACAAGAUUGGGGAGUUGUUGGACGCGUUGAAGGGACAGCGCUUUGGGGAGCUGGUCAGCAAGGGGGAGCAAGUGCGCAAGGUGAUCCCGAAGCUUCUUGCUCUGAAGAUCGAGCCAGUGAUCCUGCAUGGUGAUCUAUGGAGCGGGAACGCUGGCACGGAUAGAAACACGGGGGAACCAGCGAUCUUCGAUCCGUCGUCUUUUUAUGGCCACAAUGAAUUUCUUGCCAUUGCGCGAGUGUUUGGCGGCUUCCCUCGCUCAUUUUAUACGACGUACCACAAGCAUUUCCCGAAGGCGGAGCCUGUAGACCAGUACGAGUUGCGGAUGGAGCUGUACGAGAUGUUCCACUAUCUCAAUCACACGGUGCUUUUCGGGGGAGGAUAUGCGUCCAGCGCACUAUCAAAGAUGAACACGCUACUGAAGGCGAAGCUGUAA